GGAAGUGUAUUGCUGAUCUGCCGUGUAUUGCCCAACAGCUUCCGGUGCGGUCGGUAGUUAGCCGGUAAGCCGGGCACAGUUACCUCAGGUACGUGAGUGGAUCUUGUGACACAUGACGGGGCUUGAGCUGCUCAUGGACUAACGCGCAGUGUGACCUCUCAGGUGACUCCCCGCAGUCCCCAAGUCUUCCGGUCCUGAAUGUGGUGCGGAGCCCGGUCACGGCUGGGGGAGACCCCUGGACACUGCUAGGUGGAGGGGCUAUGUCGUCUGCUUCAGAGGCGGGAGCGGCGGUAGCGGUGGACAGGUGUGUGAACCCGGGCUGGAACAGAAGUGACGAGUCGUCUGCUGCUCCCCGAGGAGGAAGCACCGUGCUGCCCGGCGGCGGCUCAGCUGUCACGGUAUCAUCCUUUCAUGAUCCUUUGACCACUGAAAAUGUUACAAUGAUUCCUGUAUUGAAUUCAAAGCGGGCAAGUGAGUUGCCAGUCAGCGAAGUUGCCUGGAUUCUUAAGGCUGAUCUCCAGAGUGGGUUAUCGAAUUCUGAAGUCUGUCACAGGCGAGCCUCCCAUGGAUGGAAUGAGUUUGAAAUCGGUGAAGAUGAGCCAUUAUGGAAAAAAUAUAUUGCACAGUUUAAGAACCCGCUCCUUAUGCUCCUGCUGGCCUCUGCUGUCAUCAGUAUCUUAAUGCAUCAGUUUGAUGAUGCUGUCAGUAUCACAGUGGCAAUACUAAUAGUUGUCACCGUUGCAUUUGUUCAGGAGUAUCGGUCAGAGAAAUCACUGGAAGAACUGAGCAAGCUAGUACCACCAGAAUGUCACUGCAUCCGAGAAGGAAGGCUGGAACACACACUCGCCAGGGAUUUGGUGCCUGGAGAUACAGUUUGUCUAUCAGUUGGAGACAGAGUUCCUGCAGACUUGCGGUUGUUUGAGGCUAUGGAUCUAUCUGUGGAUGAAUCCAGUUUAACAGGAGAGACUUCUCCAAGCUCCAAAUCCACAACCCCUCAACCAGCUGCCACUAAUGGAGACCUCACAUCCAGAAGCAACAUCGCCUUCAUGGGGACACUUGUUAGAUGUGGCAAAGCAAAGGGUAUUGUCAUUGGAACUGGUGAAAACUCUGAAUUUGGAGAAGUUUUUAAGAUGAUGCAAGCUGAAGAGGCACCUAAAACACCACUUCAAAAAAGCAUGGAUAUUUUGGGAAAGCAGCUCUCCUUGUACUCAUUUGGUAUUAUAGGUAUCAUCAUGCUGGUGGGGUGGUUACAAGGGAAACACAUACUUGACAUGUUCACUAUUGGUGUAAGUCUUGCCGUGGCAGCUAUCCCUGAAGGUCUUCCUAUUGUUGUAACUGUAACACUGGCACUUGGCGUGAUGAGAAUGGUGAAGAAAAGAGCUAUUGUAAAGAAAUUACCCAUCGUGGAAACCCUCGGCUGCUGUAAUGUUAUCUGUUCUGAUAAAACUGGGACACUAACCAAAAAUGAGAUGACUGUGACACACAUAUUUACUUCAGAUGGAAUUCACGCAGAGGUUUCUGGUGUUGGCUAUAAUCGUUUUGGUGAAGUGACAGUCGAUGGCGACAUUAUUCAUGGCUUCUGCAACUUAUCAAUAAGCAGAGUGGUGGAAGCAGGAUGUGUUUGCAAUGACGCAGAAAUCAGAAAUAACACCUUAAUGGGCAAGCCGACCGAAGGGGCUUUAAUAGCUCUUUCUAUGAAGAUGGGUCUUGAGGGGCUCCGGCAUGACUAUAUGCGGAAGACAGAAUAUCCGUUCAGCUCAGAACAGAAGUGGAUGGCUGUAAAGUGUGUGCACAGAACUCAGCAGGAUAAACCAGAGAUUUGCUUUAUGAAAGGUGCAUAUGAGCAAGUUAUCCGAUACUGCACAACAUAUACCAGCAAAGGCCACAAUUUACCUCUUACUCAGCAACAAAAAGAGCUAUACCAUCAGGAGACAGCUUACAUGGGCACAGCAGGUCUUCGAGUUAUUGCUCUGGCAUCUGGUCCAGAGUUGGGGCAGCUUACAUUUUUGGGCUUGGUGGGAAUCAUCGACCCUCCUAGGACAGGGGUGAAGGAAGCGAUCACUACUCUUAUCCGUUCUGGUGUCGCAAUUAAAAUGAUCACUGGAGAUUCACAAGAAACGGCCGUGGCUAUUGCUAGUCGUCUUGGCUUCUAUUCCAAUGGCACACAGUCCCUUUCUGGAGAGGAGGUGGAUACAAUGGACAUUCAGAAUCUCUCCCAGAUGGUACCAAAGGUUUCUGUGUUUUACCGAGCCAGCCCAAGGCACAAAUUAAAAAUUGUGAAGAGCUUGCAGAACAUUGGGGCAGUCGUUGCUAUGACCGGAGAUGGCGUGAAUGACGCAGUGGCUUUGAAAGCUGCCGACAUUGGGGUUGCUAUGGGCAAAACGGGAACAGAUGUUUGUAAAGAGGCAGCAGACAUGAUCCUGGUGGAGGAUGAUUUUCAUACAAUUAUGUCAGCGAUUGAAGAGGGGAAAGGAAUCUACAACAACAUAAAAAAUUUUGUUCGCUUCCAGCUUAGCACGAGCAUUGCAGCAUUGACCUUAAUAUCCCUUGCUACAUUAAUGAACUUCCCAAACCCUUUAAAUGCCAUGCAGAUUUUGUGGAUCAAUAUAAUCAUGGAUGGCCCUCCAGCUCAAAGCCUUGGAGUGGAGCCAGUGGACAAAGAUGUUAUACGAAAGCCUCCAAGAAACCUAAAGGAUAGCAUUCUCACCAAAAACUUAAUUAUCAAAAUUCUUAUUUCUUCCAUCAUCAUAGUAUGUGGCACACUGUUUGUGUUCUGGAGGGAGCUUCGGGAUAAUGUCAUUACCCCACGGGACACAACAAUGACCUUCACAUGCUUUGUGUUUUUCGACAUGUUUAAUGCUUUAAGCUCCAGAUCACAGACCAAGUCUGUCUUUGAGAUUGGCUUUUGCAGUAAUAAGAUGUUCUGCUAUGCUGUCCUUGGAUCCAUCAUGGGGCAGUUACUCGUCAUUUAUUUCCCCCCUCUACAAAAAGUCUUUCAAACUGAAAGUCUCAGUAUUCAAGACAUCUUGUUCUUGAUAGGACUUACAUCCUCUGUAUGGGUUGUGUCUGAAAUCAUUAAGAAAGUGGAACGUGGCCAAGAGGGGAAUCAAAAGAGGAAAGGAUCACCAUCUUCUUUGUUUCUUGAUGUAUGAUGCAUAUUGCAUUGUUUAGAACUGCAUAUGAAGGAGUAUGGCUUCAAUUCUAAGGAUUUACAAGAUGGAAUAGCAGUGCCAGGAUGCAGGGUGCUUCUAACAAGUGUAACUUAUGUUUUGGAACCAUUUAAGUAUUGACAUGUUUUCCAAAAGUGACUUACAAAAAGACAAAAAAAAAAAAAAAAUCAUUCUGUGUUUUGGUUUCUGCCUUCUCUCUCUUCACCGAAAUGUAGGUUUGAGGGUUUUGUAAAGUUAAAUUGCUUACUUAUGUAGUUGAAUAUUCUUUUUUAUAUAAAUAUGUACAUAAUUAUAUAAUUCUAUUCCGCUUCAUGGUGGGUUUUUAUUACAAAACUGUUUUUUCUAAUGUUCAGAAUACUGUUGAAGUGAAACGCACAGCACGUGCCAUGCUUGUUAUGAUCAUAUUUAUUUUCUGUAUCAUGCUAUGGACCGGAUUUGAAAUGUUUGAUGUUGCCCUCCAGAAUUAGAGAUGUGCACAGCUAACCACUGUAGUACAAGCUGCUUCACUCUGAUUUUAAGUUCUUACUGUUCCUUUAGUUGGUUACCCACAAGUCACCAUUAUUGCUGCUGGGUAUCCAUGCAACAGGAAUGCUUCUUUUGAAAUGUUCCAAGACUACUGUAAUGAUACUGUUCAGGUUUAAUUGCUAUAAUGUAAUAUUGUUUUAAGAGACUGUGUUGGGUUUAGUCAUUAUUUUUUUUUCUGAUAUUUGCACAGCUCUACUUGUACUAUAUAUCUUGGUUACUGUUUAAUGCUAUUUGUUUAAUCAUAUUGGCUGGUGUCCAUAAAUUUUGAACUUUCUUAUCAAAAGCAUGUAGU